ACAGGCGAAAAAGAAAAAGAAAUGCUGCUGCUCCUGCUUCGUCUUCCUUGCUCGGCAGUGGCGGUCCGACCGCUCUCGCUCUUCCGUCGUCGCGGGACAAGAAUCAGUUUCAAAUGCGAAUGUGGAGUCAUGGGUCGUGAAUCUCUCCCUUCAAAAGCCGCUACUUUUCGACUGUGCGAUGUGUCCGGCUGUGCCACUGAAUUGCUCGAAGUUCGCUCGGAGGAUCCUGCAUUGCAUGUUCUGUUCAUUCCUGGGAAUCCAGGCAUAGUUACAUAUUACAAGGACUUUGUCGAGUCGCUAUAUGAUCUGUUGGGAGGAAAUGCAUCUAUUACAGUUGUUGGCCACAUAUCCCAUUCCAAAAAGGACUGGGAGAAUGGAAGGUCCUUCUCAUUACAGGAGCAAAUCGACCAUAAGGUGGAGUUCAUGAGACAGGAAAUGCAAAAUACAAGAGCUCCUUUAUUACUGGUUGGGCACUCAAUUGGUUCAUAUAUCUCUAUGGAGAUCCUCCGGAAGUGCCCCGAGAAGGUCACGUACUGUAUUGGACUGUAUCCAUUCCUGGCAUUGAACCCGGGGUCCAUGAAGCAGUCUAUUAUUAAGAAUAUUUCAGCGUCCUCCAUCAUCUGUGCAGCUCUAAGCUUUAUUGUAGCAUUAUUGGGUUCAUUACCAAGCAGAUUUUCCAGGUUUAUUGUCGCGAACUCUCUUGGUAAAUCGUGGUCUCCAUUGGCAAUUGAGGCUACAUGCACUCAUUUGCUGCAGUAUCAUACAAUGCGGAAUAUGCUCUUCAUGGCAAUGACGGAGUUCAAGCAGCUUUCAGAAGUAUCAGAUUGGGCAUUUCUGAGAGGAAACAGGGAAAAAAUCGCAUUUUUGUUUGGUGUCGAUGAUCACUGGGGCCCGCUGCAAAUGUUUGAAGAGAUAUCCAAGAAGAUCCCCGAAAUUACUUUAGCAAUUGAGAGGGAGGGCCAUAGUCAUUCUUUCUGUUGCACAGAAGCUGGAUCAGUUUGGGUAGCUGAGCACAUCACGAGCUUGAUCAAAGCCAGAAUAUUGAAUUCAAACCAAAAGAUUUAAACUUCAACAAAAUGAUCCUGGCUGAGAACAUGGGACUAGGCAUAAUGCAAUAGCAUGGAAGGAUCUUUAAGGUUCUGCUAACCAUUUAAUUCGUUUGGCAGAUAACUAAGGAUCCCCUUGCUGGGAAAACCAAUUUCACUGUGAUUUCAAGGAACUUGGGAUGGAAUUUCAUCGUUGUAGAGAAGACACUUUAUGCGGGUUCGAGUCACCGCUGUUUGAUUUGUUAACUUGCUAGCUGGGACUCGCUGUCAAUCACUGUCAAGGGAUCCUUCUCUCCCCUUCCUGUACAUGCCGGAAUGGCUUAACGUGUGUUUCAUUCUAUUUCUUUCCCUGCGAAAGCUAAAAUUUCUCACUUCCGAUACGAACUUCUGUGAUCUCGGAUGUCCGUUCUCCCAUACAUACAACAUUAGAGCACAAACAAGAAGCAUCAUUUAACCUUUUGUAGCUGAUUUUUUCUCAUGAAUUUGCCGAUUCACGGGCUUGGCUUCGCGCGAGAAUAUCUUCCUAUAUGCAAGUCACAGAG